AUGUUCAAUAUGGCAUUUCGACCCAAGCCUACCGAUGCCAUGGACGACGACGUCGUUGAUCUUCGUCCCCAAAACGCCCAACCGGGCCCUGCCCAAAAGCCCGAUAUGCGAUUCGACCUAUCGACAUUCGGAAACUCCGACCUUGCCAGCAAACUCCCUGGCUUCCUGGAGGAGAUGGCCCGUGCGAAUCGCGAGACCCAGCAGCUCAUGGCAGCCGACCCCAAGGCUGCUCGAAUUGAGAUCGACGACGACGAGGAAGUCGACACGCAGGUCAUCGAGAUGAAUCUCUACUCGGGCGUGCUCGAGUCGGAGGAACCGAAGAAGGAGAUUGUCAUGCCCAACGGGCAACCGUUCGCCGGGGAUGGUAUUAUUGAUGGCGAUGCUGAGCCGUUCAUCUCGGAGCCGGUCGAGGUUAGACACACUACCACCACUACCAACGACAGGAAGCGCCGAGCUUCGUCUUCCUCCUGCGCCAGCAGCGCCAGCAGCAGCGUCAGUAGCAGCAGCUCCGAGGGAGAGACCCGGAUUAUCAAGAUCCCAGUCUUGGAAAGAGACAACGCUAGGGAGGGCAGCCCAGACUCGCAAGCAUCCGCGGACAGCACGAACGGUCCAAGCUCCUCCUCAAGCAAAGGAGUUAAGCUUCCCAAAUCGCCCUCGCCCCCUCCAAGGACCAAAUCAGGCAGCGAAGCUCCUGCUACCGGGACCUCUUUGAUGGAAGCAACACUAGCAACAACCAAGAGAACCGAUCUCAAAGGACGCAACAGUCCCUCCCCUCCAGUGAAAUGUCAAGAUGUCCAAAACUGGGUGAACGACCAGCCAUCCAUGAUGGGGGAUUACACCGAGAUUGCUGGGACGCCCAACAGAAAGGUGCUGGUUCCGCUCAGCAGGCUGGGGGCCAAACAAUCGCAGAAGAAUGUGCAGGACUGGGUGAAUAGUCAGUCGGGCCAGAGCGGAUCAGCAGGCCGAUCAGCUGCUGUUAGUGUUGAAGAAGGAGGAGGAUACCUGGAGGUUUACGAGAAGCAGCGUGACUAG